GGGCGGGGAGGAGAUAAAGGGGAGGGGCGGAGGCGGACGAGGGCCAGAGACACGUAACGCUCGGAGAGGAACGGCGGCAGCAGCUGUUGAGCUUCGGUGGCGACGAGGAACUCCGCAGCAGAUUGUGUAUUUUGACAUCAAGAAAGUUGUGUCAACCUGCUGGCUAGCAAAAUGGAUGUUUUCAACAGGAACAUAAAUUUUGAUGCUCUCUUCAAAUUCUCCCACAUCUCCACCUCAACCCAGCAGCACCUGAAGAAAGUCUAUGCUAGUUUUGCACUAUGCAUGUUCCUAGCAGCAGCUGGAGCAUACAUCAAUGUGGUGACUCAGCUGGUGCAGUUCGGUCUGUUGACUGGCCUGGGAGCAUUGGGUCUUAUGAUCUGGCUGAUGGCCACACCCCACAGCCGUGAAACAGAAGAGAAACGGCUGGGCAUGCUAGCAGGCUUUGCUUUCCUCACUGGAGUCAAUCUAGGUCCUCUGCUGGAGAUGUGCAUUGCCAUCAACCCCAGCAUCAUCCCAACUGCUUUCCUGGGCACAGCUGUAAUCUUCAGUUGCUUCUCCCUGAGUGCCCUCUUUGCCAAGCGCCGUGCCUAUCUGUACCUCGGAGGUAUCUUGUUUUCUGGCCUGUUCCUGAUGCUCUUCUUUUCCCUGAUCAACAUUUUUGUAGGCUCAACUUGGCUCUUCACAGUUAAUCUCUACAUUGGACUUAUGGUCAUGUGUGGCUUUGUGCUGUUUGACACUCAGCUCAUAAUUGAGAAAGCUGAGAAUGGAGACAAGGACUAUAUCUGGCACUGUGUGGAUCUCUUUCUGGAUUUUGUCAACAUCUUCCGAGAGCUCAUGGUCAUCUUGGGCAUGAAUGAGAAUAAGAAGAAGAAAGAAAAGUGAAGUUACACCAGCUGCCUGUGUGGAACCUACGUUUUCCGGCCCUUCCCAUUUGCCUCUUUCUUGCUUCCAUCCAACUUGACCUGCAUUAAAGGUGUCCCCCACCCUAUUCUGUGUGAAUGAGAAGCAUCUGUGACACUUUCAUACUUUGUGGAAAUUGGGUGUUUUCCCCCCUCUUGGUUUUUUGAGCCUCUUUGAAAGAGCUAACUGGCUGAUCCUAAUGCUGGAGUCUGGCUUUGCUCCACUUUUGUGUGUAAACACACUAUUCCCCUUCCCCUUUUUUUGUCUGUGACUACUGUCACUCAGGUCUGUCCUGUUGACAAUGAUCCCACAGUUGCCACUGGGUAGCUCAAGGUAACUUCUCAUCCCUCUCUGUUCCCCAUCCCAGGCACCAUGAGAGUUAAGGGUAAGAGAGGGAGACAAGUUCACACUUUGGUGCUGUGGGACAAUUUCUGCUGUUGGUAAAAACUACUGUUUCGCACUUGUCUCCAAAACAAAUAGAACUGGCCCUUUGCAAGGACUUUUUUAGGAUACCCAUGUUACUCAAAUGGCUUUCCAGGAACACAAGGACAGCUGUAUCUGGAGAUAACAAGACUUGCCCAAGGUCCUCACAACUUGGAGUGGCAAUGAUGAGAGCUUGCUGACCCAGUGUGCUUCCUACCCUCCCCCCAGCCCCUAGUUUUGCUGCUGGGUGGCAAAAACUAGCUGCCAUGCAAAUGAGACUUUUUUUCUAGUCCCCAUCUUGGAAGUUAGCAACUGCCACAAACAGUCCCUUGAGCCAGGCAUUGAUUGGUCUGGAUAAGGUUCAAUCUGGUUUAAUGCUAUUUUGGGCCUUAGACAGGUAAUGCUUAGCUUUGCUGAUUAGAAAGAGCCCUGCACUUUGGAAUUCAGGGAGCUGAGACCAACCUAGCUCUGCAAAUCUUUCCAGGAGCAUAAGCUGUGGUUGUGAGAGAGGUAGCCAUGUUAAGAUGCAACUGUGUCUUCCCUUUUAACAUCUGUGGGUGAAUGUGCUGGAGUGGAAGCAUCUGACAUCCAGUGAGACGAGCUGCUCCUGCCUAUUGGAAGCAGGAUGGAAUCUACAAUUCAGCAUAAAUCCAGCUCCAUGUAUAAGCCUGUUAAGGAGCCUGAAAAACUUACCCUGCAGCAAACUAGAUAAUGUUGAUCUUCCCUUCUUGGCACCCAAAGCCAGACUCCAACUCUGCUUGCUUGAGAAUAAAGGAAUUUCCCUUCUUCUUACUCUCCCUUUCUUCCCCCUUUGGAACCAGUGCCAAGAACUAAGCUUCGAGAGAUAUACUUUAUAGAGACCUUGUCUAACAGGUUUUAAUACAGUAAUGAUUACACUCUGUCGCUCAUUGGAUGUCCAGCUCUGGCUGCAUUCUCUAGACUCCUUACUGUGAAGAGACAGGGGUUUUAAAAAAAGGUGUUUUGAUUCAAAUAUGAAAUUUACAUUGUCUUGCUUUGUACGGGAAAAUAAAAUAUUAAAAUAAAAAUCCUCAAAUUUA